AUGACGAACCAGGCCGCUCAGGAAAAUUACCUGGCCAAGCCGUGCGGCGACUGCUGCAUCACCGGGCACCUGCACGAUGGCGAGCCGCGCGGGGCACACGAGACCAUCGACGGGAUAGACACCUACGUCGUGCACCCACCUGCAGGAAAGGCAAACGGAAACAUUGUUCUCUACCAUCCCGAUGUCUUCGCACUUUUUACGAACGGUCAGCUUGUCAUGGAUUGCUUCGCCAGCGCUGGGUAUCUGACCCUUGAUCCAGGCUUCGAUUUCUACGCGUGGAUAAAGAAGCACCAGGAAUUUGCGGAUGAGGCCGUCCCAAGAUGGGUGGACGCAGUCAAGACCAAGUACGGGAAGACCGGAACAAAAUAUGCAAGUGUUGGAUACUGCUUCGGUGCGCCGUAUGUGUGCGACCAGCUCGUCGAAGGCGGUAUCGCCAGCGUUGGAGCCUUCGCCCACCCGGCCUUCUUGACAGACAGUCACUUUGCGAAGCUCAAGAGACCAUUGUUCCUCUCCUGUGCGGACACCGACGUUACUUUCGGCGCUGAGUCUCGGCGAAAGGCGGUGGACAUUCUCAUCGCCGAUAAGAAGCAGUAUCAUCUGCAGGUCUUCACCGGAGUUGAGCACGGAUUCGCUUUGCGUAGCAAGCAGGAUGAUCCUUAUGAGAAAUGGGUUAGGGAACAAAGCUUACGGGGCAUCGUGGAAUGGUUUGACUACUGGCUAGCUCGUGACUCGUGA